AUGAAAGUCCCCUUAUCUGUAAAGCUCAGUAGCAUUUUUGUGUUGAAAAACCAGUCAACGCUUCUCGUUAAGAGCAACAUGACCUAUCCGGAUAGGUUUGACGAGAUCUGGGAACCCGAGUCGGUUCAGUCUGCGAGCAUGGAAAGAGACUCUAAAUUGGACAGAUAUGAGGUCACCAACGGAUACGAAGAUGGCUAUGUUUCAGUUUUGGAUCGCAUAAUUGUUGAAGUUGUACGCAUGGCUGGCUCAAUGUAUAUGUUUAUGGCUAUGUGGAUCAUAUUGGCUCUUUGGAUAGUGCUUGGUAUAGUCUACAAUGCACCCCAAACCUGGCAAAUUAUCAUGCAGGAUGGUCAAUCAAUUCAGACUUACAUUUGGGAUACGUUAUUAAUGCGUCAGCAACUUGACGACAGUACCAGCUUCCUUAAGUUGUACGGACGGUUGAAGUCGCGGUUUCUUACUCAUAGGCGGUUACUGGAUGUCUUGACUAGACGAACUAAAGCUCUAUCCGGAAUCGUUGUGAGUGAGAAGAAAGAAGGUUCUUACAUAACAUCUGCUUCUCUUGAAAACCGAGGAACUGGCUCUUCAUUGUUUGAUGACCUUCAGAGAUCUAUCGAGGCUGAGGUCAAAUUACCCGCGCAGAACUGGUUCGAUAAGUUAUGCACAUUUCUGAGUCAAUGUUUGGGCUCUUUGCCAUCGGUGGUGAUUUAUUGGAUUGGCAUAUUUGUCUGGAUUGGUUGUGGAAACCUCUAUAUCGUCACCGGCAAUUCUCCUCCUUUCACAGGACAGAGAACGGGUUCUAAUCCACAUUAUUCUAAGUGGAAUGACAACUGGCAGCUAUUUAUCAACACUACUACUGCUGUGGUGUUACUUAUUACAUCGAUCCUACUUGAAAACGUCAGAGAUAGGAACGAUGGAUACAUUCGUGAACAGAUGCAGAAGUUGUGUACUUUGGAUUGCAAGAUUGAGGGAAUGGCAAGGUACGCUACCGGGGAUUUAGAGGACAAUGAGAUCGUGGAAAUUCCACCUGUGAAGCGUUUGGGUAUCAAGAAGAUCAUUUCAGCAUACGCACAAAUCAUUGGCACAGGCAUAGGAUUGGUGAUCUCAUGCUUUGUGUUUGCCAUUUGGCUUGGCUUUGGAAGUAGAAUGAACUGGGACAGUAAUUGGUGGUUGAUAAUAGGUACAUUUACCGGAUUGGUAGGAUUUGUGGACGGUUUCACACUUCGUGAAAUUUACUACUCCAUUACCAAUUAUGAGGAGAAGCGGUUUGGCGAGCUUCUAGAUGAUUCGCAGGAGUUGUUGGACGUGGCAGGUAUAGAAUACAGGCUUCGGAAUUAUGUGGUUGACAGAACAUUCAUUUAUAGAUUCUCGGAGUAUGUUAAUUAUCUGUGUUCGAAUCAGUGGUCUGUGGUGAUAGCAGUGGUGGCUGUGAUGAUUUUACUUUUCAUAGCUUCUGCACUUCAUUGGAGUAUUACUGGGCAGUUGAUCUGCAAUACUCCCACUAUGAUUAUAGAGGGAUUCUGUCUUUUGAUUUUGAUUCAGGCUCACAAUUGGGCCGAUUUCAGGAGAAGAUUCAUAGUGAAACAGUUGGCUGUAUCCAGGGAGUUGUUGUACCAGCAUGUCCAAAAGCUUUUACCUGCAGACAAGUUUACUAGAUAA